AACAUAGGAAGAAGUGGUGCUUCUGUUCCGGGUCCGGUGGUCGCAGCUUGCUUGUGCUCAGCUGGAACAUAGAUAUAUAUAAAGCCUUUAUAUAUAUCUAUAUAUAUCUAUGAGCUGGAAGGAUGAACGCGCCUCCCGCAUUUGAGUCGUUCCUUCUGUUCGAGGGGGAGAAGAAGAUCAGCAUCAGCAAGGACACCAAGGUUCCCAACGCCUGUCUGUUCACCCUGAACAAGGAGGACCACACGCUGGGGAACAUCAUCCGGGCUCAGCUGCUGAAGGAUCCCCAGGUUCUGUUCGCCGGCUACAAAGUUCCUCAUCCUCUGGAACACAAGAUCGUCAUCCGAGUCCAGACCACGCCGGACUACAGUCCCCAGGAAGCGUUCACCAACGCCAUCACGGACUUGAUCAGCGAGCUGUCUCUGCUGGAGGAACGCUUCAGGGUGGCCAUCAAAGACAAGCAGGAAGGCAUCGAGUGACCCCCCCCACCCCACCAUGCCCCCCCACUCCCUGCUGCGCUGUAACCUGUCCACGUUCAUGUUUUUCUAAAUAAAUCUGUG